GGUAUACAACACCGUCCGUACACCGGUCGCAAUCAUGGAGAACUGCCAGGACAGCGACAGGUACUUCCGCGCUUGGGAAGAGUUUAUCAACAGUCAGCAAGAACCUGCAGAGCUUGACGGCAGAGAGGUGCCUUACAUUCAUGCCAACAGUCUCACCGGCUACUCCAAUGACAUCAUGCUUUCUCCUUAUGCAGACGAGCACCCGGCUUUGCACGACUCCUGCCACCGUAUUGUGCCGUUGCCAAGUCCACCUUUCGGUCUCAACGAGCUCAUGGUCGAUGCAGGCUUCGGCGAGCCUUUGGCAAGCCCUUCGCCUCGCAGAGUGAGCCACGCUGCACUGCAGUACCCUACGCCUUCGUCAGUCAGCCACAGCAUUAUCCUGGCUGAUAUCUUGCCCGUGGAAUGCGUUGUAGAGCAGGAGGCGGACGGUGGUUGUUACAGCUUGGAGAGUUCGGACGCUCACUUCCAGAGCGAGCAAGAGCUGUUCACCCUGCCUUCACUGCCGGACUCUCCUGCUGCAAGCGUCAUCGACGUGGCUGCUUUCCUCAAAAUGGGUCACGCGAAGGAAUGCUGGUGCGUCGAUUGUGGCAUUUCAGACUGCGGUCUUGAUGAAGUACCGGAUCUUGUUGGUGUUGACAAGCUCACCGAGAUUGAUGACGACUGGGUGGUUUACUGGGACGCCGACAACAUUCCUGCGACAGGGGAGCCUGCUCCUUCGUCGGAUCACACAACGGGAGAUGACUGGCUUAUGUGUGACAUUGGUAUGCCUGGAACGACAGACACAAAUUGGGACAGCAAGCAAGCGACGGAAGAGAUCCGCACUAUCAUGAAUGGAGCUGAGGGCGAAUGGGAUUGGGACUGGGACUUCUGAGAGCGUGGUGUUUCCAGAGGAGCUUUGCUUGCCUGGAAAGCACUUGCUUGCUUUUGAAAGCAUGACCGU